UGCAGGGGGCAGCCAGCAGCCCAGGGAGCCGGGCCACAGACACCACACUCAGGGCCAUGGCCGACAAGGGCCCAUGGAGGGUGGGCGUGGUGGGCUACGGCCGCCUCGGACAGUCCCUCGUCUCCCGCCUGUUGGCUCAGGGACCAGAACUUGGCCUAGAACUUGUUUUUGUCUGGAAUCGUGACCCAGGACGAAUGGCAGGGAGCGUGCCCCCUUCCCUGCAGCUCCAGAAGCUUGCUGCCCUGGGGGAAAGGCACCCUGAUCUGGUUGUGGAAGUGGCCCAUCCCAAAAUAAUCCAUGAAUCUGGGGCACAAAUCCUGCGCCAUGCCAAUCUCCUGGUGGGGUCCCCCUCAGCUCUAAGCGACCAGACCACAGAGCGGCAGCUCUUGGAGGCCUCACAGCACUGGAACCAUGCCGUGUUUGUGGCCCGAGGGGCCCUGUGGGGCACCGAGGACAUCACGAGAUUGGAUGCAGCUGGGGACCUCCGGAGCCUUCGUGUCACCAUGGCCACACACCCCGAUGGCUUCCGGCUCGAGGGACCCCUGGCUGCAGCCCACAGCACCGGGCCUCGCACUGUGCUCUACGAAGGCCCUGUCCGUGGGCUCUGCCCCUUUGCCCCCCGAAAUUCCAACACCAUGGCGGCGGCUGCCCUGGCUGCCCCCAGCCUGGGCUUCGAUGGGGUGACUGCUGUGCUUGUGGCUGAUCUCAGCCUCACGGACAUGCACGUGGUGGAUGUAGAGCUGAGCGGACACCCGGGCCCCACAGGCCGAAGCUUUGCUGUGCACACCCACAGAGAGAACCCUGCCGAGCCAGGCGCGGUAACCGGCUCCGCCACCGUCACGGCCUUCUGGCGGAGCCUCCUGGCCUGCUGCCAGCUCCCCUCCAGGCCGGGGAUCCAUCUCUGCUGAGAAGCCUUCUCCCUCCCGAGACGAGAUCAUCUUACUGGCCUCUCACUACCACUAUCCCACCCCUGCCUUGCCCCACUUCCCCAGGAUCUCCCUUCUGACUCAGUAAAGAUCACCGCUGUCUCCCCCUGCA